AAUGACGUAAUGAGCGUAAAACAAGAUGGCGUCGCGUCCAACAUAAAUCGGUGUGAAUGAGUUUAUCGGCGUAAAGGCUGCCUCUCCGGAGGCUCUCGUGUUGUUUUACGGUUGUUUUGGUUGCGCGACACGUUUCGCGGUGAGGUGAGUGUGCCGGAGGCGUUGCCGGACACCUCGGAAGAGCCUGUUGUCGUCGAGCCUCCGGUGACAGCCGGGAAGGCGAGCCGCCGACGGACAGGAUGGACAGCGGAGAAUACAUCUCCUCCAUGGACACCAUGGACCAGUCUCUGGCGGAGUUAGGGGACGAAUUCACUCUGGGAGACAUCGACGAGAUGCUGCAGUUUGUCAGCAACCAGGUGGGGGACUUCCCGGAUCUGUUUGAGGACCAGAUGAACACAGCCGGCUCUCUGCAGAGCGGCGGCACCAACCCGGUCCAACAACCCGCCAUGCAAACCCCUCAAACACCGCAGACUCCCCAGACCCCCAUGGCUGUCGCCUACCAGAGCCCCAGCGUCGGCCUGGCCCCCUCCCAGACCCUGUCCCCCCAGUCUGUGCCCCUUACUCCUCCCCUGACUCCCGUGCAGACACCCUCCCCCGUCGCCGCCGCCGUCCCCUCAGUGCAGCAGCAGGUGACCCGCAGCCCUCCUCUGCUUCAGCCACGGCCUCAGGUGGUCCAACCCAUCCAGCCACAGCCCCAGCAGACGGCCCAGCCCACCAUCCAGAUGCACACCCAGGGGAUUCCCAUGCAGACCCAGAGCUUCCCGGUCCACACUCUGGUUCAGACCCACAGCCAGACGCCCCUGCCCAUCCAGACGCAGGCGGCUCAGACUGUGAUGAUCGCCUCCAGCGGCGGACAGUCGCGCUUCAUCCAGAACCCCGUCAUUUGCCAUCAGAGCCCUGCUCCUGGAUUCCAAGUCCUCCAGCCACAGGUGCAGAGCAUCAUGACAUCACCACAGCUUCAGCCGGUGACCAUUCAGCACCAGCGUGUCCUGACCCCAACAGGUCAAACCAUCCAGACUCUCUCCACAGCGCCCACCACAGUCCACACCGUGCAACAGCAGGUGCAGCAAGUACCUGUUCUGGUCCAGCAGCCGCAGAUUCUGAAGACGGACUCGUUGGUCCUCACAACGCUCAAACCAGACGGGACACAGGUGCUGUCCACCAUGCAGAGUCCCACAGGGAUCACCACCCUGACCACGCCCAUCCAGAACACAGCUCUACAGGUCCCGACGCUGAUGAGCAGCAACAUCCUCACCACCGUCCCUGUUGUAAUGGGAGGAGGAGACAAGCUGCCGAUCAAGCAGCUGCAGCCGGGCUCUUCCCACUGUUCAAACGGGGCCAGAACGGCCAUGGAUCAGAGCCAGAUGACAGCAGGAGGAGUCGGGCCGGGAGGCGUGGUGAAGGAGGGCGAGAGGAGGACGACCCACAACAUCAUUGAGAAGCGAUAUCGGUCCUCCAUCAAUGACAAAAUCAUGGAGCUCAGAGAUCUGGUCAUGGGAAGCGACGCAAAGAUGCACAAGUCGGGCGUGUUGAGGAAGGCCAUCGACCACAUAAAGUACCUGCAGCAGGCCAACCACAAACUACGACAGGAGAACCUGGCGCUGAAGAUGGCCAACCAGAAGAACAAGCAAGUGGUGCUGUCUGAAGACGUAGAGCUCAAACAGGAGGUGGUGAUGAUGUCGCCUCCAGCCUCAGAUUCUGGUUCUGGUUCCCCUCACCAGUUCUCUCCUUACUGCGUCGACUCGGAGCCGGGCAGCCCCUUACUGGACCAUGAUCAGGUGAAGAGCGAGCCAGACUCUCCCUCCUCGGUCGGAGUGAUGGACCGUUCCCGACUGCUCCUCUGCGCCCUGACGUUCUUCUGCCUCUCCCUAAACCCUCUGCCCUCUUUGCUGGGCUCGGAGGCCUCAGGGAGCCCCAGCCUGUCUACAGGCCACGGCCCGACCAGAACGCUCUUCUGGUUCCCAAGUCACACGCAGGACUUUGCGUCUUGGCUGCGGUGUCUCCUGCCGUGGGUGAUGGUGUGGGUGCUGAGUGGGGUGGGAGCGGUGUGGGGCUGCGUCAGGGUGCUGUACCUGUGGGAGCCCGUCACUCCCCUUCACUCACCAAAGUCUGUGUCCUUCUGGAGGCACCGCAAACAGGCAGAUCUGCAUCUCAACAGGGGAGAUUACACGGCAGCGAUGGCCAGUUUAGAAACCUGCCUGUCUGUCUUGACGAGAGCUCUUCCCUCAACCUCUCUGGAUUUGGUCUGCUCGCUCUCUUGGAAUUUGAUUCGCUACUGCCUGCAUCGUCCGACUCCUCUGGGCUGGCUGGUUCACCAGAUUGGAGGAAAGCACGAGGGGGAUGAGGCGAGGACGAGCGCAAAGGAUGCUGCGCUGGUUUACCACCGGCUGAGCCAAUUGCAGCUCACAGGAAAGCUGCCUCAGCGGAGCAGCCUGUGGGCUUUGUCUCUGUCUCUGAGUGCUGUCAACCUCAGCGAGAGCGCCCAGGGGAAGAUGGCCCCCGCACAGCUCGCCCAGAUUUAUGUCACCGCAGCAACAGCCCUGCGCACUGUGCUGGGCCACCAUCUCUCCUGUCUGCCUGGUUACCUGUUGGGUUGUGCGGAGAGCGUAGCGAACCAAUCGGAGACCAGGCCGAUCCCCGACUGUCUGCGCUGGCUCUUCACUCCGCUGGGCAGGCAGUUCUUCCUGAGCUGCGAUUGGUCGGUGAAGUCGGAGAGCAGCGACGGCGUGUACACCUCUCAGAGAGACCCGGCUGACCCCAUCGCCCAGCUGCAUCGCUGCUUCUGCAGGAAGCUUCUGGAGAGAGCCGUUCACACCCUCAUCCAGCCGCAGGGCGACUCUGACGCAGACAAACGCAAGAACGACUCUGGGGAGUUUUCCAGCGCCCUGGAGUUUCUUCAGCUGUUGAACAGCUGUACAGAGGACUCUCCUUCCCCUCCGCCUCCUUUCCCAACUCCACCCAAUCACACCACCAUUCCAGUGGGCGACCCGGUGAGUCGCUGGUGGGCUUUGGUGCUGAAGGCGGCCGUGCACUGGCUGCAGGGUGACGACGUCGCAGUGAGGUCGCUUCUGGCAGAAGCGGAGCGGAUGCCAAGAGCUCUGCACAUUCUCGACCACCCUCUGCCCAAGGCUGUGCUGCUCCUCUGCAAGGCGGUUCAGAUGAGUCUGUCUCCUCUGAAAGGAGAGGGAGCAGUGGCCUGCCUGUCCCACUGCGACAGAGCCAGCAGCUACCUGCGCUCCAGCAUCUCGGUGCCACUCGCACAGUCGGGGAACUGGCUCAACAAGGGGGUUGAGCUGCUGGUCUGUGAUCUUCUCCUGACCUUGAGGACCAGUUUAUGGCAGCGGGGAGGCAGCACUAAUGGAGAACCUGGCCCGGCUCCUGGAUCCCAGUUGGCCGGUUUCCAGAGGGACCUCAGCGCACUCAGAAAGCUCACGCAGUGCUACAGACAGGCUCAACACAAGGUGUUCCUUCAUGAGACCACAGUGAGGCUGAUGGCUGGAGCCAGUCCCACAAGGACUCACCAGCUGCUGGAGCACAACCUCCGACGCAGGACGCACAACUCCUACACAGCCGAUGGUGAGUGUGUUCUGGGUGAGAGGGAGCGGGCUCACGCCAUCCUGCUCGCCUGCCGCCACCUGCCCAUGCCUCUGCUCACGCCGCCGGGACACCGCGCCCGCCUGCUGGCCGAGGCCAAGCGAACCCUGGAGCGGGUGGGAGACCGCCGGUCCCUGCAGGACUGUCAGCAGAUCCUGCUGCGCCUCAGCGGGGGCACCACCAUCGCCGCUUCCUGAGCGCAAGCGCACGCCGGGAUGUUGACGAGGCGACUCAUCGUGUAAUUCUCCAAUCGACGGCUAUUCACACCGAUCAAAGGACAGAAACGUUGCUUCAAACUCCCGCAUGCACACCUUCACACAGACUGCUCUUAUUUUAUUUACUCUCAUAGCUCCGUUUGUCAGCCCUACAUGUGCUGCACAUUUAUGUUGCUUACUUGCGUUGUUGCAGCACAAUCACCCCACCUGCUGGUCGCUAGCGGAACUGUGCUGGCCGGCCGCCUCGUCUCCAAACAAUACCACACAACAAGGAAAAUCAGGUUCAACAGGCCCCAAAGGGAAAAGGGACGAUUCCUCUAAUAGCUGUUUGAAUUAGUGCGACACAGCAGUGCAUUGAUUAGCUGUAGCACACCGAGCUGUACAAUCAUUAUUGGCACACGGCGGCGUGGGCGCUACGGUAACCGUCUCAUUUAAUUUGCGAGCAUCGAUGAAGGGCUUCGGAUGCCGACAGAUAGACUAGCUUGCUUUCAACCAUACAGUGCUGAGUAGUGUCUCCUCUUAUCUACCUCAAAUACCGUACAAUGCCAGCGUUGUACCGUGGAGCAAAAUAGGAUACUUGGGCGCCCUGAAUUUGGAAUAAUUGAUAAAGCGUAAAGUUCGAUUCAUUCUAAUAAAAUCAUGCUGACCUGCUUCACUUUUGACUCGCUGUCUGCAAGAACGACGGACGGCUGCUGAACACGAAGCAGGAAAAGUAGUUUGGAUGCGUCUAAAUAACGGCGUGAAGCAGGCUGAGCUGGUGAGCUUUUUAAAAAAACGCCCGUAAAAUAAAAAAAGCGCGCGGAUGCAUAUAUAAAUGACAUAAAAAACGACUUGCGCUCGAACUCGCAAUGUGAUUGUAUAUAGGUUGUACAUAGGCAAAUAAGCAGGAGUAGAUUAAAGUUCUUAAUUAUUGUUUGAGAGAAGACACCUUGAAAACAAUCAGAUGUAAAGUCAAAGUCUGGACGCUCCGACCAGGAGAGCGAGGUCAACUUCUCAACCUUAAAGUCAUUCUCCGCCAAACACUGUCAUCUCACCAAACACCUGCUGUCGCCCUGCACGGCGGCGUCAGAAAACAGCGGUUAUGGUUGCUUUCAAUUCACUGUAAUGACAAGUUUCUGCUGCAGGAAAGCAUCCAAGAGUCAGAUUAUUCCACCUUUCUGCUCCGUCUGGCGGUAAAAGCCGCCUUUCACAUGCAGGCGGGUGUCGGAGAGUCAGAGGAUGUUUGCCGGCGUUUCACUUUAAGGUCCGUUUCAGCAAAAAUGGUCCGAACACGGCGAUGAAAGUGAGGAAUGUUGUGUCUUCACCUAUGAGUGAAGCUCUCAAGCAAAAUGGCCUUGAUGUUAUGUAUAAAAAAAGUAAUUUUAUCACACGUGGUCGUGUAGGACAGAUGGAGUAUCUGUGUGAAAUCUUUUUAUUUGUAAUUGUUGACUCACACGCGGCACAGCACUUCUUUCAUUCCCGUUUCUGUGCUCUGAUUAUCUUAUUUAAUGGUCGUGAUAUUAAUAUAAAUGCUUUUUUUCGGGGGAGGGGCCAGUUUUGCAGUUUUGUCAUCGUUAUUGUUUUGUAUCGGUCAAAGCAGCCUCUAGGGUCCGAGACCGUCGGUGGGAGGAUCUCGACUAGAACCAUGUUUUAUAUUUUAUUGAAUAAGCGAAUCCCUCGUUUAAACGUUUAGCUCAGCAUUUUAGGAUGUUUGUUUAUAGCACACACUGAAAUUUCUCGCAGAUUUUAAAGUACAAGAGAAAGACACGAGGCUACUAUUAGAACUUCCUAGAACUCGUUCUUCCAGGUCAACCCAAGUCCAGGAGGACUGAAAAUACUUCUAUCGGUUUAGAUUUAGCUUUCCUGGUUGGUGGAAGUCCACAGAGGAGGAAGCAGUGCUUAGACAGCAGGCUGCAGGGUUUUUGCUAUCAUUAUAAUUAUGUUACUUUAUUUUUUUGUCUUUUCCCUUUUGAGGUGUUUCAUUGUCUGAAUUUCUGUGUUCAUUUUGAUGUUUUCUAAUAAAACAACACAUGACAGUGUUUGGCUUCUA